UGUCGAAACUUCUCAUCAUUCUCCUAUUUCUUCUUCCUUGAUCUUCAUGUCUCAUUGAUUUAUCUCACGACAACACAGAAUGUGGUAAUUUACGAGCUAAAACCCCUACCAUCAAUUGGCGAAAAUUAAGUUUAUUUAUUUUAUAUAAAAAUUGAGAACAAAAAAGUAUUUGCGUGUCAAUUUGAAAAUAAGCUAAACAAAAGGACCAAAUUGCAAAUACUAGCAUACUAUCUACCGUUUACUGCACACCACCCUCUAUUGUUUCAAUUUCAAAUACGACCCCAUGAGACAGACGCUCUCGAAUUUGAAAACACAACCUACUUCCAACGGCUACUUUCACCAAUUACCAUACUUUUCAUAUAUCCGCUCACUCACACACAAAACGCACACAAGGAUUCGAUUGAUUCUCUAAUGGCGGAACCACAGAGUGCGAGAUCUAAUAGGUUCAACAAUUCAUCAAAAAAAGUGCGAUUAAUUGGGAAAAUUAGGGGUUUAACGGUCAAAGAAUCUGAAUCCCUAAGCCAGGAUUCGAAGCCAUGGAUUACAGUAAAGCACGCACAAGGAGAUGGCUCGUCAGAAGUAUCUACGGUUUUUCUCAACACUGAGCCCGCCAGUCGAAGGGAUGGGUAUGAGCUGGAUUAUUGCUAUGAACAACGUGAAGAAAUUGGUCAGAUGUAUUCAAGAGAGAUACAACCCUUGAUUUCAGAGGUUUUUGAUGGCCGAAAUGUAUCAGUCAUCGCUCUAGGGGCAAGAGGAAGUGGUAAAACUUACACCAUCCAGGGAUGUCGAGAGAAACCAGGUUUAGCAGUACUUGCAAUGUCUGAAAUCCUUUCAGAAACAGAGAAAUUAGGGAAGUCGGUUUCUGUGUCCCUCUAUGAACUGACACAAGAACAUGUAAAAGAUCUUUUAAAUCCCAACCAUCCUGUCAUCCAAGUACUGGAAGAUGCCCAAGGCGUAGUCAACCUGAAAGGACUUUCUAAGGUCUCUGUGAAAAGUAUUACAGAAUUUCAUAAUGUAUACUUUGGUCAGGCUAAUUCGAGGAGUACUCAGACGAAACCAACAGAGUUACCACGCAACAAGGGCUUGAUGGUGCAUAUAUCAUCUGAAGAUAGCAAAGUAAAAUCAAAGCCGGCAAACAAGAUUAAUUUUGUUGAUUUAGCAGGCUACGAGGAUCCUAGAAAAAGUUGCAGAGAUGAGAACACACCAGCUGAGAGUAGUUGUAAGAAUAACAAGUUGUUGCAUGCAUUACUUAACGUUAUUAGUGCUAUUAAUUCGAAUGAGAUCCGAGUACCAUAUCGGGAAAGUAAGCUCACUCGAAUCUUGCAAGACUCACUUGGUGGCACAAGUCGAGUAUUACUGCUCACUUGCUUGAACCCGAUUUUUUGUCAAGACUCUCUGAGCUUUAUGAGUUUAAUUUCUCGGUCAUGUCGAGGCACCAGGCAAGUAUUAACAGACUCUACCAACAGGAGUCAAAGUGGCAAGAUCAAUCCUGCUUCCUUGAGUGCUAAAAAACCGAUUAGCCAUAGUAGGCUCCUUUCGACAAAGAAGGCUAGCUGUAUCUUGAAAGGAAGGAAACUCUUCGAGGAAGCAAAAUCGGUCAAUCCUAAGCAGUUGAAAUGCCAGUCUCGAGAUACCAAAAAAUCCGAAGUUGUACGAAAUCUCGAGUUGGUUGUUGCACCAUUUUCACUGGAAGAGUUGAAGUGCGAGUCUCAAGAUACUUCAGCCCAAGAAUCCGAAGCUGUACAAAAUCUUGAGUUGGUUGUUGCACCAUUUUCACUGGAAGAGGUUUCGCAUGACAAUUUAAUUGCAGACUGUAGCCCAAAGGAUGUUUUAAGUCCCAGUGUGGACAAGGACCUCGGAGAUGCAUCUGCAACUAAUUCAGAUUCAAUAGUUCAAAUACAUUUUGAAGCAGAUUCAGCUAGUACGUGUGAUGAGAGCAACACUUUGCACAAGAAAAAUGAUGGAUCCCCACCACUUAGUGAAAGAAUAAGAGAAAUAGCUAACAACUUAAAGUCGAUAUGUGCAUCAACUCCAUCGGCAGUUAAGAUGCCAGAGGAGGUAGUUGCAGCAUACAACAGUCAAUCUCAAGUAAGCUAUAAUGACACCACGGAACCAAAAACCCCGAUUGUGGAACUUUCGAGUGCAAGAUAUUGUAGUCCUCGUGGCACUUUCACCAACCGCAGUUCCGGCGUGAAGCAUUCCCUUGUUAAAGAGUACCUCAAUUUUCUGAACUCCGCCACCAAGGAAGAGUUGAAAAGCCUCAAGGGUAUUGGAGAUAAAAGAGCUGGAUAUAUUCUGGAACUUCGCAAAGAAUCUCCCGAACCAUUCAAGAGCCUUGAUGAUCUACAGGAUAUUGGGGUUUCCGCAAAACAGGUCAAAGGCAUGAUGAAACAAAUGGCUGCUGACCUUUUCAAUUAGAAAAAAACCCAAUUAUAUUCGACCCUUCGAAUUAAAAAAAAAAAAAAAACCCUAUUAUUCGACAAGCAACAUAAAGUUGCCAUAUAUGUAUUUCCAUAUUAUUGUAAGAGGCUGUGUUUUGCUUUGCCACAUGAUCUACACUCACUUGUGUAGGCAGACAUUCUCAAUGUGUGUGUGUGUUCCUUAGCAAUAUGUGCAUGUCUGGUUUCU